AUUUUUAAUAAUAAAAAAAUAUUCAUUUGUGGUGCACGCGUUUUCAAAUAUUACAUGUCUUUUGAGUCCUACCUCGUUCUUUGGUUGGUGUCUAACAAAGAACAUAGUUUCGUCACCGCUUAUUUUCAACAUUGUUUUCUCACAAUUUACCUUUUCGAUACUUUUCACAACCGAUUCACUUUCUUUUAAAAUCUGUGUCGUGUUUUUUUCAUCUGAGUUAGCUUCUAUACGCAACAACAACAACAACAACAACAAAAGAAAAAUGAGAAAGAGGAAAUUCAGCUGCUUUAAGGAUCAUAGAAGAGUUAUGUGGCUUGUGAUGUUUUGUUUUUUGUUACAGAGUUUUGGUUUGUGCUGUUCUUUGAAUGAUGAAGGUAAAGCACUUUUGAAGUUCAAGCAAGGAAUUUUGAGUGAUCCUUUUGAUGCUUUGUCAAAUUGGGUUGAUGAUGAAUUUGGUGUUGACCCUUGUAAUUGGUUUGGAGUUGAAUGUUCAGAUGGAAGAGUUGUGGUAUUGACGUUGAAAGACCUUUGUCUUGAAGGAAAUCUGGCGCAUGAGCUUGGGAGCCUUGUUCACAUAAAGUCGAUAGUUUUGCGGAAUAAUUCUUUUCACGGAAUCAUUCCCGAAGGAAUUGUACGCUUGAAGGAAUUGGAGGUUUUGGAUUUGGGAUACAACAACUUCAGCGGACCAUUACCUAAAGAUAUUGGGAGUAAUAUCUCAUUAUCAAUCCUUUUGCUGGACAACAAUGAUCUUCUUUGUGGUUUCUCGCAUGAAGUUAGUGAAUUGGUGAUGAUUUCUGAAUCUCAAGUAGAUGAAAACCAGCUAAUUAGUGGCGGAAAAUUGCCAGGUUGUACAGGAAGAUCUACCAAAUGGCACAAUCGCAAAAGUAAAAAAGGUCUUCGAAGGCUACUGCAAUCCGGUUCUCUUCCUCCUCCUAACCGGGUAGCUGAUCUUCCUCCUCCUUCUCCUUCUCCUUCUCCAUCUCCAUCUCCAUCUCCAUCUCCAUCUCCAUCUCCAUCCCCAUCCCCAUCUCCUUCACCUUCCCCGUCUGCCUCAAAAACACCACCAAUAGUGCCGAAGCCGGCUUCCCCCAGUCGAAAUGAUUCUGAUUCUCCUUCUGCCUUGCCUGCACCACAAUUGAAAAAGACCUCAUCAAAGAAUCACAUUCCUAUUGUGGCUGGAAUUGUGGGUGGUGCUGUAUUUAUUCUCAUUUCAAUCAUUGUCGUAUAUCUCUUCAAAACCAACAAGGUAGCGACCGUUAAACCAUGGGCUACAGGAUUAAGUGGACAGCUUCAGAAGGCAUUUGUGACAGGUGUGCCGAAGCUAAAAAGAUCAGAACUUGUAGCGGCAUGCGAAGAUUUUAGUAAUGUAAUUGGUACUUCACCCAUUGGUCAAGUGUUCAAAGGGACUCUAUCCAGCGGUGUCGAAAUAGCUGUGGCCUCUGUUACCACGACAUCAUUGAAAGAUUGGUCAAAGACUUCAGAAGUCCAAUUUCGUAAGAAGAUAGAUACAUUAUCAAAGAUGAACCACAAGAAUUUCGUAAAUCUUAUUGGAUAUUGCGAAGAAGACGAGCCUUUCACCAGAAUGGUGGUUUUUGAAUAUGCCCCAAAUGGAACACUCUUUGAGCAUUUACACAUAAAAGAAGCUGAGCAUUUGGAUUGGGGAACAAGACUUAGAGUUGCAAUUGGCACGGCUUACUGCCUGCAACAUAUGCACCAGUUGGAUCCUCCUUUCGCCCACAGCGACCUAAAUUCUUCAUCUGUCCAACUCACUGACGACUACGCUGCCAAAAUCUCGGACUUGAGUUUCUUGAGCGAAAUAACUUCAGAUGAUACAAAAGCUGCUGCUAAGAAACACAACGAGCCGACAUUAGCAAGUAACCUUUACAGCUUCGGCAUUAUAUUACUAGAAAUUGUAACAGGCCGUGUUCCUUAUUCGAUGGAUAAAGAUGGCACACUUGAAGAGUGGGCUUCACGCUAUCUACAAGGGAACCAGCCUCUCAAGGAAAUAGUAGAUCCAACACUAGCAUCCUUCCAAGAAGAACAAUUAGUACAAAUCGGUGCAUUGAUUAAAUCUUGUACCAAUGCUGAUCAAGAACAAAGACCAACAAUAAAACAAGUUUGUGAGAGAUUAAGAGAGAUAACAAAAAUAAGUCCCGAAGCAGCUGUUCCUAAACUUUCACCACUUUGGUGGGCAGAACUCGAGAUUGCUUCUUUUGAUGCCAGCUGAAAUCGCGAAAUGAGAUUGUAAGUACGGAGUUUGUAUCAUUCUCAUCCUUUUUUUUCGUCGGUGAUGGCGCUGAAAAGGUACUCACCUGUAAGUUGAUACAUCUUGUAUCUAUUAUAGGGGAGUGAAAAACUCACAUGUACAUAUAAAGGGAGAUAAAAAAACUAUUUUUUCGUGUGCUUCGUUUGAUUAUGGUUUAUGGAAUUGCACCAACAAAAGGGUGUCAAAUAUUAGUUAA